AUGGCAGCCCAAAGAACCUUGAGGGAGCUUGCAACCCCAAAUGUUAACCAACAGCCUCUGUGUAUCACUUACACUGACACGGAGGAGGCUUUUGAACUAAAAUCUGGGCUGAUUCACUUAUUGCCUACAUUUCGUGGUAUUGCAGGUGAGGACCCACACAAGCACUUGAAGGAAUUCCAUGUAGUGUGUUCAACCAUGAGACCUCAGGGGGUCACUGAGGAGCAAGUCAAAUUAUGUGCGUUUCCAUUUUCCCUAGCGAACAAGGCUAAGGAUUGGUUGUUCUACUUGCCAUCGGGGUCCAUCACCACCUGGGAAAGAUUAAAACGGCAAUUCCUGGAGAAGUUCUUCCCCGCGUCUAGGGCAGCCAAUAUCAGAAAAGAGAUAUGUGGAAUCAGACAGGCAAAUGGAGAGACUCUUUACGAAUAUUGGGAGCGUUUCAAACAACUGUGUGCUAGUUGCCCACACCAUCAAAUUCCUAACCAACUGUUGAUCCAAUAUUUCUACGAGGGACUUCUACCCAUGGAUAGGAGCAUGGUCGAUGCAGCUAGUGGAGGAGCUCUAGUGAAUAAGACGACAGAUGAAGCGAAACUACUGAUAUCGAACAUGGCCGAAAAUUAUCAACAGUUUGGAGUCCGAUCUGAGGGCAUGACUAGGAGUGUCAAUGAGGUGAAUCAUUCUGACUUGGCAAAUAAGUUGACUGAACUAAUGGCUCUGGUUCGUCAGAUGGCAGUAGGGCAAGUACAAGCAGUGAAAGCAUGUGGGAUAUGUGCUGCUUCCGAACAUGUGACCGACAUGUGUCCGACCCUUCAAGAAGACCCAUACGAGCAAGCUAGUGCCAUGGGAGGUAUGUCUAGACCUCCUCAAAGGAGAAAUGAUCCCUAUACACCCACAUACAACCCAGGGUGGCGAAACCACCCCAACUUUAGCUACGCUCAGAAAUCUUUGGGUUUCCAACAACCAUUCUAG